AUGGCCUUUAAAAAAAAAUCGCCUAUAUGGGCAUACUUCGAGGAUGAUGUAAAUGACCCAAAAAGUGCCGUGUGUAAACUGUGCGAAAUAAAAAUUUCUCGUGGUGGCAUUGGAAGAAAGGCGACAACAUCGGGAAUGUUAAAUCAUUUAAAAAAUAAGCACAAUAAAGAAUAUUAUAAGUUGGUACCCACGUUCCCUAAGGGGCAAGAAACUACAAAUCAAGAUACGAAUGCAAAAAAGUACCAUGUGUUAAUUGCUGAAAUGAUUGCACUUGAUGAGGCAGUAAAUAUAGUAGAAAGGGUUGGUUUUAGAAGACUGAUUAAUAGUGCUUUGCCGCGGUACAAUAUACCAAGUCGUCCUUACUUUUCAGACAAUGUGAUUCCAGAAAUUUAUCGUAAAGUGGUUGAGAAAAUUAAAAGUUUACUCUCAGAGACAGAUUAUAUUUCCGUAACGACCGACAUGUGGACGUCCUUGCAUAAUCAUAACAGUUUUUUAAGUUUUACUGCACAUUUUAUUGACCGCCAAUUCAACUUCAAACAUGUAGUAUUGAGCAUCAAGCAUUUUGAGGGACAACACACAGCAAUGAAUAUAGCUAUGAGUUUACAAGAAAUUGCAAAUUUGUGGGACGUCCGUAAAAACAUUCAUAUAGUUCUUCAUGAUAAUGGACGAAACAUAGUAAAAGCUGUUAGUGGUGCAGAGUUGGCCUUAGCACGUUGUUUCAUUCAUACUAUUCAAUUGAUUGUAAAUGAUUGUGUAAAGGUUCAGUUACAUGUGACUCAAAUGAUAACUACAGGUAGAAAAAUCGUAACUCAUUUUAAUCAUUCUGGGACUGCACAAGAAAAACUGCAUUCUAUCCAAAAUGAUUUGGGUCUUCCUUAA